AUGGAGAAGCCAGACAUUGUGGAAUCUCCGCGCAAGCGCCAAAAGACCGACGAUGCUGGUUCCAUUGGGAUCUCAUUCGGCGGUGAUGGCGCAGACGACGUUCCGCCCGCCGCAAUCGCCGAUGCUCAGACCCAAAAGGAAAUCGAGGUUGGAAUUACGGAGUUUGUGAGCAAUGGCACCGAGGGAUUUGCGGGUAUUUUGAAGAAGAGAUACACUGAUUUCGCGGUCAACGAGAUCACAACCACCGGCGAAGUCGUCCACCUCCGAAACACCAAGGCACCGCACACCUCCAAGCCCGAGCCCCCUGCCCCAGGUCCCAAGGCGCCCGCAUCGGAUGUCAACACGGCCGAGAAGACCGAAGGCGCUCCCGCUGAGGCGGAGGCGGAGGCUGAAUUCAAGGUGUCGGAAGAAGACCAUGCUCUGCUCAUCGAAUACUUUGGCGCCAAAAACGCCACCGAUAUUAUUGCGCUUCAUGCGAAGGCCAUGUCUAAGCCCAAGUCGCGCCCUAGCGAAUUUGGCCAAGUCAGUGCCCAGGUGUCUGACCGUGACCUGCGCACCAAGAUCCACCAAGCCAUUCGCCGCAUCUUCAAGUCACAGCUCGAAUCCACUACCGACUCGGAAGGCAACAUGGGAAUCAUCGCCGCGGCGAAUCGAUUCAAGCGCGAGGUUGGAUCAGGCCGUGGAAACGGUCGGUCCAACAACAAUCGCACCAACUGGGAAGAGCUCGGUGGCCCGUACCUGCAUUUCACGCUCUACAAGGAAAACAAGGACACUAUGGAAGUUGUGUCAUUCAUCGCGCGCUCUCUGAAGAUGAACGCGAAGGCUUUCCAGUUCGCUGGAACCAAGGACAGACGCGGUGUGACCGCCCAGCGCGUCUGCGCUACCCGUCUGCUCGCAGAGCGCCUUGCGCGUUUGAACCCUACCCUUCGCAACGCCGUGGUUGGUGAUUUCGAAUACCGCAAGCAAGCACUUGACCUGGGUGACCUGAAUGGCAAUGAGUUCGUCAUCACUCUGCGCGAGCUGGGUAUUCCUGGUGUGGAUCUCAAUGAUCCCAAGGCCGCGGUUGCAAAGGCUUCCGAAAUUGUCGGCACUUCUCUGAAGAACCUUCGUCAACGUGGUUACUUCAACUACUAUGGUCUCCAACGUUUCGGAACUUUCUCGACUCGCACUGACACAGUCGGCGUCAAGAUGCUGCAGGAGGAUUUCAAGGGUGCCUGUGAUGCCAUCUUGCACUAUGCACCCGAAGCCCUGCAAGCUGCGAUGGAGGGUGAUGCCAAUGACACAAACAUCAGCAGCGACGACAGGGCGCGCGCCUUGGCUAUCAACAUGUUCGAGACUGGAGGUCCCAAGAUCGUCAAUGACGCCUUACAGAAGCUGCCCCGCAAGUUCUCUGCUGAGCAAAAUCUGAUCCGCCACCUCGGCCGAUCCCGAAAUGAUUAUCUGGGUGCGCUGCAAACCAUUCCCCGCAACCUGCGCCUCAUGUAUGUGCAUGCGCACCAGUCCCUCAUCUGGAACUUUGCUGCUAGCGAGCGCUGGCGUUUGUAUGGCGAUAAGGUGGUGGAAGGUGACCUUGUGAUUGUGCAAGAGCACCGCGACAAGGAAGAUGCGGCUGCUGCCGAAGCUGCGGAUGAAACUGUCGAUGCCGAUGGAGAGAUUAUCAUUGUUCCCCAGGGCGAGGACAGUGCCGUUGCAGCCGAGGACAUGUUUACCCGCGCUCGUGCUCUCACUGCCGAAGAGGCUGCUAGUGGCAAGUACACUCUGUUCGAUAUCGUGCUCCCCCAACCCGGAUAUGAUAUCAUUUAUCCCGAAAACAAGGUCAAGGACUUCUACAGCCGAUUCAUGGCCAGCGAGAAGGGUGGCUUCUUGGACCCAACUAAGAUGCGCCGCUCCUGGAAGGAUAUCAGUCUCAGCGGAAGCUACCGCAAGGUCUUCAGCCGCAUGCUGGAUGAUGACUACUCUUUUGACGUGAAGCUGUACACCAAGGACGAUGAGCAAUUUGUCCCGACCGAUCUGGAAACCACGAAGCAAAACUCAGGAGAGACUCAGCCCGCCCCUACUCAGACUGAGGGCGAUAAGAUGGCCGUCGUUCUGAAGUUCCAGCUUGGCUCUAGCCAGUACGCCACCAUGGCCCUUCGUGAACUGACCAAGGGCAAGGCCGUGGCCCACAAGGCUGACUUUGGUGGUGGUCGUUAG